CAUAAGAGGCGCUGAUUAUCGUGAUCAGCAUGUGCAUUUGUGCAAUUAGAUGAUUCAGAUACAACUGCAUAUCAAAGUUGUUUAGAGAUUUUUAAAUAAUAAGUAUUAGAAGAGGAAAAAUGUCAUUGGCCUGCAGUUAUAUGCCAGAUUAUUUUUCUCUGACGGAUAUUUUGUGUACAGAAGAACGAAUAUCAUGUAGGAUAGAAGUCACGCUAUCUCGUUUAGGUUUUUUAGAUCUUUCUUCCGAGUCAAAGGAUCUAAAGCCAGGUACAAAGUUAGAACUUCCACUAUGGCUGGCACAACCAUUGAAUAAAGCGAGAGAAUCAUAUGUUAAUAUAGAUAUACCCAAAACAUAUAAGGAUGGGUAUAGGGAAAUUUUAUUAGCAGAUGCUUGCACAGUUGAACUAAAUAAGUGGAAUCCAUAUUAUUACGAACUGGGAAUGUAUUUAAGAAAGUUCAACAAUAGUGAUAGCGAAAUGUUAACUGACAGUUUAUUAUUAACCUUUAGGUCGCGAUUUAGACUGGUUAUGGAUUGGGCACAAAAUCCUAUUUCAGACCCUAGGCUUAAUAGUUUGCUACCAAGAUUAGAAAGAGACUUGUUCCUUACAGGUAAGAAGGCCAAGUUGCAAUUGAAUGAAUGGCUACGAAAAGGUUCAAACCUUAUCAAAACUUCACAGAGUGCUAUAAAUCUUAAGAAGCGAAAACGAACAGAUUAUGAGUUGGAUUAAAACAUACUGCUGUUUUUAUGUGAUAAAUCAAAACAUAAUAAUUAUAUAUUUAUUCAAUGUAAUUUUUUAUAUGUGACUAAUAUAAUAAAUGUAAGCUUAUAAUAUUAAAUAAAAUUUAUUGUCUUAAA